AUCAAUCGACCACCGUCUUGACGGCGUCUUAUGAGGUAAAGUGCGUUAGUCAAUGUCAAACUACAGCGACCACUUGAGACGACUUUCACUUGCAACUGCGUUUCUUUCUUCCACCGAAACACUGUUCAAUUCCAUCGAAUCAUUGCUUCCUUCACUAGAUUCAGUGCGAGUACAAUAAUCUUUUACCCCCCUUUUCUCAUCAUCAAUUAACCUUCAAUUUCCCCAAAUUAAUGCAACAACAACCGCCGCCGCCGCCGUCGUCGUCGUCGCCGCCAAGACCAUCGAUGACUCCUUUUAAGAAACGUCUUCUCCAUAGAGUUGAAGACUCCACAAGACGUUACCUGUCUCCUACUGAUGAAAAGGAAGAUGAAGAAUACGCAGUGGAAAAACAAGAAAGCCUGCAGAUUGAAUACAAAAAUCCCUCUUAUGUGGUAGAAGAAGAUGAAUGGGCUGGACAAGGAGCCGAAGAAGAAGCUCAUGGAGAUAGAUUUGGAGGACAAUAUAUAACAGAACAUGAUGAAAAAGUUGAUGAGGAAGAGUUAAGUGAGGAUAAUUUCUAUGAUGAACAUGGUAUGGAUCAAGAUAGUUACAAGAAAGAACGCCAUGAUGUGGUUAGAGAGAGACAAAAGAAGAAAGAAUUAGAAGUAUUUGUUGGUGGAUUAGAUCGUGAUACAAAUGAAGUUGAUCUUAGAGAUGUUUUUAGUCAAGUGGGUGACAUAACCGAAGUGAGACUCUUGAUGAAUCCAAUGACUAAUAAAAACAAAGGCUUUGCUUUCAUAAGGUUUGCAACUGUUGAACAAGCUAGACGUGCUCUUAAUGAGCUCAAAAGACCAAUGAUCAAUGGAAAGCAAUGUGGAGUCGCUCCAAGUCAAGAUAGUGACACUUUGUUUGUUGGUAACAUUUGCAAGACAUGGUCAAAAGAUAUGUUGAAGGAAAAGCUAGUGCGAUAUGGGAUAGAUAAAUUUGAAGAGUUGACAUUAGUUGAAGAUGUGAAAAAUGAAGGAAUGAAUCGAGGGUUUGCUUUCUUGGAUUUUCCAUCAAGAGCAGAUGCAUUAGAAGCUUGCAGACGUUUGCAGAAGAGAGAUGUCAUAUUUGGAACUGAUAGAACAGCUAGGGUUGCUUUUGCUGACACAUUUAUUGAACCUGAUGAUGAAAUCAUGGCACAGGUGAGGACUGUGUUUGUUGAUGGAUUGCCUCCUUCAUGGGAAGAAGAUAUUAUAAAAGAUCAUUUAAAACAAUUUGGGAAGAUUGAAAAAGUUGAACUUGCUAGAAACAUGCCUGCUGCUAAAAGAGAUGAUUUUGGUUUUAUUACAUUCAGCACACAUGAAUGUGCAGUUUCUUGUGUUGAUGGGAUUAAUGAUUCAGAGCUUGUUUUCAGAAACAAGAAGGUGAAAGUUAGAGCAAGGCUAUCUAGACCUCGCCAGCGAGGCAAAUCUGCUAAAUAUGCAAGAGGAGGUUACACAGUUGGAGCAGAUGGCUAUGGAAGCUACAAGGGUGGCUCAUGGGAGGCGGCUGGUGGUGGUGGUGGUGGUGGUGGUUCUAAUCGUAUGGAUUCUCAUAGAUUCACAGACAGAGGUAGAAGAAGCAUUCGGGAUAGAAGUCCAUAUGAAGGAGGAGGAGGUGGAGGGCGUAGAAGGUCAUUUGACUCCCGAGUUGACCGAGUUGACCGGGGAUACGAUGUUUCUGUUUCUGAUAGAACUUCUAACAGAAGACCAUAUACAUCUACAGAUAGAUCCAUAAAACGAAGAUCACCAGAUUAUGAAAGGAGCAACUUUAAAACAGAUUACACAAGGCAAAACAUGGGAAUAUCUUCUUCAAAUGAGAGACAAGUGUAUAGAGAUUCUUAUUCUUCACGAGGAUCUGGAUACAUGGAAGAUUCUUCUAGAACUAUUUCUAGAGUUUCUGGUAGAAAUUCACAUCUUUAUAAUGAUGGUGAUGAUGAUGAUGAUGUUGAUGAUGAUGGAAGAAGAUAUAUGUAUGUAGAUCAUCCAUCAAGAUUCAAUGGUGGUGGUGGGACCCGAAACUUUAGUUCCACUUUAAAACGACCUUACUCCUCAAUUGAGGAACAUCAUCCUCGUUAUAGGAGGCAAUCAAGAUCAGAUUUUGAGUAUGGAAAUAGUUCUGAUUUGGUGUAUAAUGAUCGGAUUUAUGGAAAUGAGCCUACAAGGGUGGCACGUGGGUCCCGUUCCGGAUACAAUGGAAGUAAUCCAAGCCAUUCUCAUGGAGUAUACGACAAGAAUACUUCCAAUGGAGGAUAUAGAAGAGUCGAGAUGAGCAAUGAAGAUCCAGAAGAGCUGUACCCUAGAUUCGGCAGAGACCGUGAGUCACGAGACUACAUUCCUUCACGAUCAGAUAUGCGUGGAGAAUCAUUCUCACCUGUCUACUCGAAUCAUCGUGUGGCUGAUGAUUACUACUAAGGUGAGCUCUUGAUCUUUUUUUUUUGUUAAAAAAAAAUUAUUUUUUUACCUUAUUUAGGUAAAUAAAUAACAGAGAGAAAGAAAACAGGAUUCCCAAGAAUUCUUUAGAGGUUUAAAUCAAUCGUUGAGUUUGGGGUGUGUGUAUUCAGAUAUGAUGAGCUGGAGAUUGUGGUUAUGUAUGAUUAUGUUAUUGAGAUUUUAAUAAGAAGUAAGAACACAUGGUUUUGUUUU